AUGGAUGAUCCAUCGUUAUUACCUUUUUUAAAUAAUAAUGGCAAUGGACAUCAUUAUUCAAUUAAUAAUAUUGAUGAUGAAAUUGAACAUGAAGAAGACGAAUUAGAGGAUGAUGAUGAUGAUAAUGAUGAAGAAGAAGGAGAAGAGAAUCAUGAAGAGGAAGAGGAAGAAGAUGUCUUACAAAGUUAUGAUCCAAUUCGACCAUAUCCGGACGAUGAAAUCGAUGAAGAUGAAAUCGAAGAAGAUGACAUUGAUGACGAAGAAAAUCAAGAUGAACAAGAAAUCGUUAUACCACAACCUCCACCGGCACCUCAACAACAUUCAAUUCAAUCUGAACGUGGUGGACGUCGAAAAGGUGUUCCACGUCGUUUACAAUUAUCUCCGCACAUAGCUAAAAGUUCAGCUCCACAACAACGCUUAUUACCAUUAUCAUCAUCGAAAUCUUCAUCAAUCGUUCAUCAUCACCAUGAUCAACCAAUAUUGACAUCUGAUCAAGAAGAUAUCAAUGAGAUAGCCGAUGAUUUCAAUAAUGAAAAUCACAUUGAUGAAUAUUAUCAUAAUAAACAACAAAAUUGUAUUCAAUUAGAUUUACUACCGAAACAUUUAAUCGAUAAUAAUCACAAUGACUACGAUGAAAAUAAUAAUAAUUAUCACGAGGAAGAUAAUAUUCUAGAAAUCGUUGAUGAUCUUUUAGCUGAUAUUGUGACAAACAUUGUUCAAAAUAUACGACAACAGCGACAGAAGAAUUUUAAACCACACGUCCAUCUUAUCAAAACGAAUGGAUAUUCAAAUCAUAAACCAUCAACAAAUGGUCUAUCGAAAUCUACGCAUAAACGCGAACAAAAAUUAACCAAUGGUAAACAUCAUAUGAGUGAUUCUAUUCAUACGAACAGCAUAAAAUCGUCUAAAUCUCAAUCUCAACAAUCUUUAUCAUCAUCAAAAUUAUCAGAUUCAUCUGCACUAUUUAAUGAAUUUACGAAAAUGAUGCAUUUAAAUUCUCAACAGCAAUUAGUCAAACAAAAACAUUCAUUAUCAUCUUCAUCAUUUUCUUCUCCACCAUCUGCGAAACGACAAAAAACAUCUGAAACAUUAUCAUCAUCAUCAUCACAACCAACAACACCUUUAUCGCUUCAACAACAACAACACCAACAACUUCUAUGGCAAAUGACUCAACAAUUAAUGAUGUCCACACAAGCCAAUGAUACUGAUACUUCAUCGUUACUCAAACAACAACUACUAGGUUUAACACCGCCGGGUACAGUAACUAAACGCGUUGGUCGUCCACCAAAACAACAUUCACAACCACAAAUCAUGCGUUCAAGUACAAAUAUGAUACCACCAACGAAUACUUCUACAUUUGAGCGUGGCAAUUUUGCACCGAGACGUCGUGGUAGACCACCUAAAUAUGUUACUGAACGAGGAGCAAUGCCUGGUCUAUCUUCACACGAUCUAGAUCCGUCAUCGUACGAUCAAUUAUUUGCUGCAAUUGAAAAUAGUGUUACCGGAAAUUCAUCACGAACGUCAUCGGCGGCAUUUCAAUCUGCAUUAGCAUCUAUGCUUGGACAUCAAGCUGGUCUUUCCAUGCCAUCGUCUGUACCUUCUUCUGUUCCAGCUAUAAGAAAUGGUGUACCAGCAUCGAUGGUUAAACAGUCAGCUGGACACACUCGUCAUAGUUUACCAGCCUCAUCCCAUGCUACGAAAUUAUCACAUGCUAUUGGAGGUACAGGUAAUGGACUUGAUAUGCCAUUGAUGGCAACAAAAAAACGGGGCCCCGGUCGACCACCUAAAAGUCAGUUAUUACUUGAUUCUCAUCAAGUUUUACAAGCAACCAAACGAAUGAAUUCAUCGUCAUCACUAUCAAAUAAUUCUAGUAAUAAUAAUAAUAAUAAUAAUAAUAAUAAUAGUUUUGCACCAACAAUGGUUCCAUCAUCACCAACUUCAUUUAAUUUAAAUGCUGCCUUUGUUGAUAUGUUACAACAACAACAACAUCCACAUUAA